AUGGCAUCACAAGCUACGGAGACGACUCCCUUGGUGUCGUCAAUGUCGAGCUCAAGUCGAGCAACACCCCAUAAACCUCAGCGCACCGUCACUUUCAACCCGACCGUUCUAUCCACCAGCCCCAAACCCUCCUCGCCUCGCUCGUUAUCCCACGGCGCGUCCUCUUCGGGUCAUGCUGCCACGACCCAAGGCGGGCAGCCAAUGCUGUCGACCUUGAACAGCAAGCUACGGAGGAGAAACAGUUCAGGCGCUCCUGCUCGGAUACCUCCCGCGCCGGUGCCCAAGAUUGGUCCGCAAAGAACGACGAGGACUGCCCAGAAACUGAAGCUCCUCCCCGAUCCGGCUGCCGAUGAGGCCGAAGACGAGGAGAGUGGACGCGACGUAUAUGUGCAAUACACGCGCAUCAAAGACCCCACCGCAAGAAGAGAUGCUGCCAGGCUUGGAAAAGCAGACAGAGAACGGUUACCCAGAGUGACGGCAUAUUGCACUGCUGCUUCCUACAAACUUGACGAGAUGAUGCGAUUUCUGAAGGGAAAGCAGAAGACAAGAGGCGCUUUGCCCAAGCGUUUUGAUGAGUGCAUAUACUCGCCAUACAGCUACGGUUCAACGAAGGGUCCAGAGGAGAUUAGUAGUACUGCCGUAUUGGGCGACUAUCCAGAGGAAAGACCAAGGAGAUUCUCAGACAGCGCGAUUGAAGUAGAACACGAGAAUGAGCGGAGAAGACAGGACAUUAUCGACUUACAUGAUGGCGGUGAUGCGCCCGAUAUUACCAACGAGCAAGCCGUGAGCCAGAGACGUCCUUCCAUCACCCAUGCCGAUUCCGACCCCCCAAUGGACACACCUGACUUCGAUACACGCGUACAUACACCAGAAGUCUUUCUUUUCGAAUACGGAACUGUUGUAUUAUGGGGCAUGACGCUCCAAGAAGAGAAGAAAUUCCUCAAGGAGAUUGCAAAGUUCGAGGUGGACAAGCUCGGCAAGGAUGAGAUUGAGACGGAAGAAUUCAAUUUCUACUACACACGCGAAUACCAGGCCCGGAUAUACAACGAUUUCAUCAGUCUGCGCGACAAGAAAAACUACAUGAUCAAGCUCGCCAUCAGUCACGGACUGUCUCAGAGUGUUAAGACGUCGCUAUUCGAAGACCUAGUGGACAACACGAUUGACGAAACCAAGGACAUUCCAGCCGAGAUUGCGAGCUCGGGAAAGAUCAAUCUCAACAAGAAACAGAUCAACAUGCAGAUAGGAGAGCUGUUCAUCCUCCGCAUUAGUAUACAUUUGCAAGGAUCUGUUCUCGAUGCGCCGGAGCUGAUGUGGGCAGAGCCACAACUGGACCCGGUCUACCAGGCGGUGAGAAGCUAUUUGGAAAUGGAUCAGCGUGUUAGUCUCUUGACCGAAAGGUUGAACGUCAUUGGUGAUCUGCUUGCUGUGCUGAAGGAUCAGCUGACUGUAACACAUGGUGAACUACUCGAGUGGAUUGUAAUUAUUCUGAUUUUCGCAGAAGUUCUCGUUGCCGCUAUCAACAUUUUUGUUGACCUGCACGCUGCAGAUUAG